GUACCGUCCAAUGGGCGGGGGCGAUGGUGCGCGCGCACCCCCCACCUCGCUGACCCCCCGCGUCACGUGCUUCAAGGGGGUGGUGGGGCAGCAGCAGCAGUAGGAGAGGGCAGCAGCAGCAGGGAGAGGCUAUCAGUGAGAGGGCAACAGCAGUAGGAGAAGAGCAGCAGCAGUAGGAGAAGAGCAGCAGCAGGGAGAGGCCAUCAGUGAGAGGGCAACAGCAGUAGGAGCGGGCAACAGCGAUAGGAGAAGAGCAGCAGCAGUAGGAGAAGAGCAGCAGUAGCAGUAGAGCAGCAGCAGCAGUAGGAGGAGAGGGCAGCAGCAGCAGGGAGAGGGGCAGCAGCAGAAGGAGCCGCGCGUUGCUCCUCGGCGACCACCACCACCACCACCCCCACCACCACCCCGGCCCGACACUCGGCCAGUUCGCGCCGAUUAGCGCGCAGCGAUCGCGGCGGCGGCGGCGACGUCGGCGGCGGCGCCGUCCACCAGCCCGGGGCCAUGUCCAUCCAGUACGCCGAGGAGGAGCCCCUGGGGGGCAGCUUCAACGUGGUCUCCUCCUUCCCCAAGGACUUCGGGUACGGCCCCGAGGAGAGCGGAGGAUGCGCGGACGAGGACGAGGGCGCGGGCCGCGGCGGAGGCGGUGGCGACGGCGGCGGCGGCGACUCGAAGCCUCGCAUCCUGCUCAUGGGGCUGCGGCGCUCGGGGAAAUCGUCCAUCCAGAAGGUGGUCUUCCACAAGAUGUCGCCCAACGAGACGCUCUUCCUCGAGUCCACCAACAAGAUCUACAAGGACGACAUCUCCAACAGCUCGUUCGUGAACUUCCAGAUCUGGGACUUCCCGGGGCAGAUUGACUUCUUCGACCCGACCUUCGACUCCGAGAUGAUCUUCAGCGGAACCGGGGCGCUCAUCUUUGUCAUCGACGCGCAGGACGACUACAUGGAGGCCCUGCUGCGCCUGCACCUGACGGUGACACGCGCUUACAAGGUGAACCCCGACAUCCGCUUCGAGGUCUUCAUCCACAAGGUGGACGGCCUCUCGGACGACCACAAGAUCGAGACGCAGCGCGACAUCCACCAGCGUGCCAACGACGACCUGGCCGACAUCGGCCUCGAGCAGAUCCACCUCAGCUUCUACCUGACAAGUAUUUACGACCACUCCAUCUUCGAGGCAUUCAGCAAAGUGGUGCAGAAGCUCAUCCCUCAGCUGCCCACCCUGGAGAACCUCCUCAACAUCUUCAUCUCGAACUCGGGGAUCGAGAAGGCGUUCCUGUUCGACGUGGUCAGCAAGAUCUACAUCGCGACGGACAGCUCGCCGGUCGACAUGCAGUCCUACGAGUUGUGCUGCGACAUGAUCGACGUCGUCAUCGACGUCUCCUGUAUCUACGGUGUGUCGCAUUUCGGCAGGACAACUGAGGCCAUAGGAGACGAAACGGAGUCGGCAGGCAGGUUAAAGGAGGACGGCAGUGGCGGCGCCUACGACAAGGACUCGAUGGCGAUCAUCAAGCUCAACAACACCACGGUGCUCUACCUGAAGGAGGUCACCAAGUUCCUCACGCUCGUGUGCAUCCUUCGCGAGGACAGCUUCGAGAGGAAAGGUCUCAUCGACUACAACUUCCACUGCUUCCGCAAGGCAAUCCAGGAGGUGUUCGAGGUGCGGCUCAACUCGCACCGGACAAACGCGCACGGCACGCCUGAACUGUCCGACGGGAAAUCCUUUUCGCACAACGGCAUCGUGGCGUGACCCCCUGACCCCGGCGGAGAUAUCCCGCGACGCGACCGCGCCACUCGCCCGGCCAGCGCCCUCGGGGUCCAGACCUUCCCUCCUCCUUUCUACGCCGCUGUCACCACCGCCCCAUGGCGACGAAUCAUCGGGAGGAACAGCUGUAGCGUCUGCAACUUGCGCUUUGUAAAAACACCGUCACCGUUUUUCUUUGUUUUGUAUCGAGGCUGCGUGUGGGUUCAUUUUUGACUCCACGCUUCUUUUCUGUACCACCACCUGCGCUUGGAAAGGUGGGAGGGGGGGUGGUGGGGAGGGGUGGAGAUGGGGGGGGGGGCGAAUGAAACAGGAAUAAGUUAAGGCAAAAAUAGUGUAACUAAAAGAAAAGAAAUCCGUAAGUAUUUUGAUUGUAAAAAGCGCACGCGACUCUUCACUAUUUUUCUGUGCUGCAUAACAACACAACUCACUGCUGUCGUUGAGAGUAAAACCUGUAAAUUAUUAAGUUUCUUUUUUUCCCCGUUUACAUAUACGCGUGUGUCAUUUAGUUUUCUUCUUCCCUGCAACUCGGGGUUGUGAGGCUUGGCGGGUUUGCCGAUGCCCCUGCUUGUACAGCGUCCUCGAUCCAAAGCCGUGGGCCCCCACACACACAGGUGUGCGUGGUGCCUCGAUCGUUCUGUUGCUGUCCAUGUCACACCGCAAGACACGGAGCGGUCAGCCCACUGCCCCCACGCGGCCAUAGCCCGAGCGUGGACGUAAUGGUGCGGGCCUCUCUGCCGAAGGGCUCCGCUAGAGUGCUCCUCCGGAGAGGUGUUUUGGCCUACUCUUCCUCGCUCCCCAGCAGAAAAGUAUGGGGUGGGGGGGGGGGAAUCUUUUGUGCGUUUUUCUCGUGGCCCUGUGCCCAUUGAGGAACGUGUGACCGCUGAGCGGUCAGCCUUGGGUCAGCCUCGGGUCGGGGUCGGGUCGGAAGUUGCAGAGGCUUAAAAAGCUGGGACACCCGCUUUAAGAUGCUGACGCAAGCAGGGAGGGCCGAUGCAACCCGUGUGCUACAAGCAGAGCUUGGCGAGCAGCAUUUGCACCGUUGACGCAUAAUCGAUCGCCUUUUAAAAAUAAAUGUCAUUUGAAGCAGUAAGGACGGCGCGCAUGUUAGCCGCUUUGCCGACAACCGGCCAAUUGCGGAAUAUAAGAAUAGCAUUGAAUGUUUUUUUAAGGUACAGUUUUUUGUCAGUGUUAGCUACUCUUGAUGUGCAAGGUUACCUGUUUUAACAUUGAUCCGGGGCGCGAUGUGACACCAUGCAUUUGGAUGCAAUUGGAGCGCCGAGCCAGCCCGGCACGGGUCGCCAGGCGCCACGCUAUUUUUCCACUGCAGGAGCCAUUUCCUUCACCGCUGACGUCAUCCGUAAUGAAUGCAUUUAGUUGCGCGUUACGACAAUAACGAGAUUAGCUCUGUCCCUGUGGCCCUUUUUUUUCCCCGAGCCAGAUUCGGGUGUCUUGCGAGACACCCGGCGUUUUUUUAUGGUUUAGGCACUGCCCUGGCUGCCCGAAUAGUCAGCGGAAAAACACCCCGCAACUGUUGAGGAGUGCCCCGCUCGCCGGCAAUGGCUUCAGCGUGCGAGUGGAAAAAUCGAGCGUGACAAUGCCCCAUGCCCAGUCGCAACGUCGUGGUCGUCGUCUCUCCGAGGCAGAAGGGUCGUGGGUGAGGCUUCCGGCACCGGCUACCAGCCACGGUGGGGCAGAACUGUGGGGGGAGGGGGUGGGGUGGGGACGACCGUCCCUUUUGCGAGUGAACAGUGGAAAGCGGUGGAGGGAGUUGUAGACCAUCGUAAGCGGCCAGCAUGCCCGAAGGUUUUUUGCGUGCCCCUGUGUUGGGGUGUCCAAGGUUGCGGACACGGUGCCCCUUUGCGUUGGCGAUUUUUUUCUGCGCGCGCGGCCUGCAAGGCUGCCACGUUCUCGGGUGAUCGCGUCGAGGCAAAGCAAAAAAAACGUGUCGGUGGUUUUGGUUGUGUGGGCACACCGCUUUAAUUGAAGAAAGACAACGGAAAAAAAAUGACACGUAGUCCUUUGUAGAUACAUACCCAGUUGGGUGAUGUGUUUCCCAAUUUCGGAUUAGUACAAAAUUUAAUUGUGAUUUACAUACAAAGAUUUGAAUUCGACGUUUUACGAUUGGUCCGGAAAUGUGGCGUCCACGAUAAGUCGUCACUGACUGUGGGCCGUUGUGUGCCGUGUGUUCCGCGCGGCGUUGCAUGACGUCGUUUUAAAAGGAAUCUUGAAACUCAUCCCAAAUACAGCGGUGCUAUGAGUCUCGGGCUGUCUUGACGCAAGUUGUCCAAAUUUUAUUAAACGAACAUCGACGAAAAAAUCAUUCAAAAUCAGCAGCAGGACCCCAGCCAUGUGACUGCAGGUGAUAACGUCGACAAACGUGCACUAUGCCGCAUUGACGAACCUAGAGCCAACCUGACCGUGAUGUUAAGUGACGUUUUCUCUAACUGACGCAGCUCCCGUUGGAUAGCACAAGACGCACACAUCUGCACAGUCCCCUUGCUGUUUUUUUUUACGGCAGUGUUUUUGUGAUUUAAAAUAUUCAUAAACCACGUGCGUUGUUUAUUUUAGUCGACGGGAAUGAAGAUUCUCAUGAAUGACGAUGACUGCGACUCUCCACCAAUGACAGUGACUCUCCACCAAUGACAGUGACUCUCCACCAAUGACUGCGACUCUCCAAUGACUGCGACUCUCCACCAGUGACAGCGACUCUCCACCAGUGACGGGGACUCUCCACCAGUGACGGGGACUCUCCACCAAUGAGUGAAGCGUGACUUGCUGGUGACAAACUAAACGAGUCCGAAGACUCAGACAUUUUUAAUAUGAUCAAUGUAUUAGAAAAUCUGGUGGACUGAGGAAGACUAAAAAUAGCAUUUGGCUUACUGUAUAUGUAUAUAAAAAGGUUUACGGAGUGCACUGAUUGGUUGACCAGACAAAAUCGGUGGGAGGACUGUUGAAUUAGCUCAGACUUAAACAUUGAAUAACUGAACGUGGACCUUAUUCGACGAGAUGAAGAGUGACUGGAUGACACCCACAGAUGUUGCCAUCGACUAAGGACUUCGGGCUGACUCGAAUUAAACCUGAUUAAAUAAACACUGGGCUAGGUAGCAGUUGGUGUCUCGAGUUGAUUGGCCGUUGUUCGCCAAGCCGGCGCACUAUGGCCCGUGCACAGGGAUGUUAGGGGUUGGCGGCUGCGAUGCACGCGUGGUUUGUGAAUCUCUUGUGGGCGAGUCUCGUGUGCGAUUAUUUAUAGCUGCCUGGGGGCUUCGAUGGGUUUCUGCCAUCGACCCUUUCACUGGGAAAGAGUGGGAAACCGACAACGCCCGCGCACCGCGUUCGUACCCUCGCGGCAAACUGGCGCGACUUGUAAAGCUCAGUGCCGUGUAGGUUUUUCGCGUGUUGCUGUAUAGCUCUCCAAUGUGUUUCUUUUUGGGGGCGCCCGACGUUUCGCUCCAACCCCCGCUGGAGCUUCUUCGGCAACUGAACUCGGCUUUUCGUGUCGAGCUGAAUUGAGGGUUUGAGUUUCUCCAAGCUGUGGUUUUAAAGUUUUGUUUUCGUUCUUCAUUGAGGUUUUGCUACUUGCGUUGUGUAGCCCCCGAGACGCGCACUGCUUCAUUCGGUUCCCCAAGGAAGUUCCUGGGGUACCCCGAGCGAAACGUCGGACAUUGCGCCGAACAGCACGUGGCGCGACCCGAAAAAACGCGUCGGGAGAGCUUUCAAACCAUUGCACGUGGGCGACUAAAAACGUAAACUCAAAGAAUAUUUUUACAUACACAAGUACAAUCGCUGCGCCCGCCGUCUUCACGUUUGGUCGAGUGGCUAAACUGAAAGUUCCACCACUGAUUUUUGCAGCCUGCACAGACUUUUGAGCCAUAGAUGCUCUGACCACUCUGAAUGCCUUCAGAACCUCGGUGCACACGAUCAAGUCUAAAGGCCAGUGCACAAAGGUGAGUCGUGUAUCGUUCUCUCGAAGGUGAUCAGCUAUUUUUGUACCCAUUUGAUUCGCACACAUACGAAUGAGUAAAUCUUCUAAACGGGUUGUCGUAUUGUAAUGAUAAUAAUUAUGCUUUAAUAAAUACGUUUGAAAUCGC